AUGCCGCAGUCUACAUUUCGACAAUCCCACCCCGUGGGGACUCAUCUCCCUCUGGCGAAGUUCUCAUACACCACGACGCCUGCAGCCCAUCUCGGCCCCUUGGCCUGGUGCCACAUCAAUGGCUGUGGUGAUCUUGCUUGUGUAUUCGAACAAUUCUCCAGCGGCGACAGAGCCUACAUUCUGAUAAUGAAAGUUAUUCAGAAUGAUUCCACCAUCCUGGAGCAAAUUGACGUUGCACGAUUUGUUCGUUCUCAGCCUCAGUCCGGAUCGACGCAGCCUGGAUCACUUCCGAAGCCGCCCUUUGCAGUUGUGGUCAAGUCACCCUGUCUCGCAGUAAAAUAUCCGCUCAAUGGAUCGACCCGCCGAUUUCAGGUCAAAUUCCUAAUGGAGCGGGACUAUUACACGGCCCUUUCCGUACUGAGCGAGAUCAACUGCCCACUAACCGAAGGCAAUACAUCUUCGAUGCAGCCACCACGCAGAGCGCCCUCGUCCUCAUCUUGGGCAUCGUCAUCACAGGCGCCGACUGUACUUUUGAAUGAGGGAAUCACUGCGAUGACUCCUGAGAGCAAUGCCGCAUUUCCCUUCUACCCAAUGACCAGACACUGGUCGGGCGGUAUGACCACACCUCAAUCUGCAUACCCAGCGACCGGCACGAUUACCAAUGCUACCUCGGAUAUUUGCCGGACACCAGCGCGACCACAGUGCGUAUCUCGAAUCCCAGAAGUCCAACCUCCACCCACAUUGCCGAACCCAGUUGUUCCUGAAAAGGGCAUCACAACGGAGACUCCAGAAUUAAGACCUGCUGCAACUCCAGCAUACCAUGAUAUCCAAGAGCUCGACCAGGCGUUGCCCCCAAAGAGAUCCCUACCAUUCCCUAAGCCCGGGGCUAAAAGACAACGAACGGCCUCCGCCAAUGGAAAGUCCGCACGACAACGUACCACAUCCGAACCCUCCAGAAAUGUUCGACGUGGAAACCAAACAAGUCGUGGUGUACUCGAACGCCAGGAUUCUAUCGUGUCGAACGCGACGUCUCACUCACUCACACAGACACAACCCUACCCAGAAUCAAAUCAGAUCCCUAAUAUGUCACAAGAGCCUGAGAGCACGCAGAUCUGGUCUCAACGGGAAAACAACGAAAAUCAACGACCUCCUCAACAUCUAGAUGCAACAAUGGCGGCGGUAAGUGGCUCCGAAACCGUAAAUGAUGUUCAAGUACCACGGUCGCCAUCGCCAGAACAAAGAAGUGCACCCUCUUGUGAAGAUCAGCUCGCUGCGUAUCUCUCUGCUCCAAGCAACGAGCGUAUUGCGUUCCUCGAAAACUGGAUGUGCGAACUCAUCGAGGACGACAAGUUCAUGGCUCUGUGUGAGGAUGUUGACUCAACUUGGAGACGAUUUGCUUUCGGGAUCAAGAGAUAG